AUGCAUUCCAGGCUGCAGCCUGUGCCUCUUGUCUCCUACAGCUACGUGGGGAAGCUCUCUGAUGACAGCAUUUCUCACCUGUCACACUGGGAUCUUCCGGGAGAUAAGCACAAACCAGCACCUGCUGGAAACAAGCAGCCUCACCGGGAGCCUGAGGAAGGUGUUUCUCCUGACACCUUGUCCACAUUGGCUUCCCUGGCUCCUCCAUCCCAGCCUCCUCCUCCUCCAUCCCUGGCCCCCCUCCUGCCAGAAGAACCUCAGGAAGUCCAGUCUGACAUGAAGAGAAUCCCCGCAGGGCCUGUCCCAGAGAACUCUCCUCCACGGAACUCCUACUUGGCAUCUCUCGGCACGGCCAUCCCAGGAUUUGACCGCUUAAGCAGCUCUAUUUCACUCUUCUUCUGGUGGUGGCCAACUGCCAAGGCCUUGUUGCUCCUCACCUCACCACAUGGCAGGUGCCAGCAAGGGCAUCUUUCCUACCACCCACCAGAGGCCUCUCUCUGGGGAGAUGCCACACACAGGCAGGUAGAGGCUAGUGGCCCCUCUUUCAUCAACCCUGAUGUACAGGAGCUGCUAGAAAUGUCCAUCUCCAAGAGAGUAGAACUGAUGCUGAAAGCAGAAGAAAAGACUGGGUCACUCUUGAACCAAAGGUACUCAAGCUACAUCCUGAGGUCUUUGGGAACUUUCUUGAGGUCCCUGAGUAGCAAGCAGGCCACCACCAUGCCACAACCCUUCUGGAACCUGGGAAACAAACCAACACAGCUGCCAGAUCCUCAGCAUCUCUCUUAUUCUGAGGUCUUUGGGGAUGACCUAGAGCAGCAAUACAGCCAACUCUUCUGGGGCCUCCCAUCCCUGCACAGUGAGUCACUAGUAGCUACAGCCUGGACUCCUAGAAAGCCUUCUUCUGCACAAGUACCCUCAGUCCUAUUCAAUGGUGGCUCAAGCUUCUGUCCAGUACAAACCCAUGCCAAUAUACCUCCCCAGCUUUCCCAAGCCCAGCUCUUGCCCUCCUCUCAUGAGCCCCAAUGCCAACCUUUGACUCAAAACUUGCCCCUACCUCUGGGUCAGUUCCAUACCCAGGCCCAUCUACCAAAAGAACCAAUUCCAUCUUCACCCCAGAUUGGGGUCAAUAAAGUGCCCUGUUCUCCAUCUCAAGAGAAGACGAUGACAGAGUCUUCCCUCCCAAUUAAGAACCAGCAAAUGGAAUGGCCCUUGCAGAAGAGACUGAAGCAAAGGAAGGCUUUAAUUUCUUUAUUCAAAAACCCAAAGGAAGUUGCUGUCCAAUCCACUCCCCACUUUCCCCAGGGCAUGCGGGCCUCCCAGAUUGACAAGACUGCCUCCACUCUUCCUGGGGAUUCCAUCAGCUCUCAGCAGGAGCAGCCAGAACAACAGAGUCAAGUGACGCUUCUUACUGAUGAACAGGAUGGCCCCCCAUGCAAAUUUGAGGAUUCCCAGGAACAGACAAAGCCUCAGGGGAAAUGCCCACAGAUCUGUCACUGUCCGGCUAUGGAAAAACAUGACUUUUCCAAGCCCACCCGGCCCUGGGCAUAUACAGGUGACCCCAAAGUACAGGAAUCAGGGUAUGUGUGUUCUAAGAGACCCUUGAGCAAGGCUGCAGGAAAAGUCAAACAAGUCACAGCCAAAAAGGAUUUAGAUGCUGAUGACCAGGAAUACCUACCCUGGGAUUCACAAGGAGCCUCAGUGAAAGUUCUAGAGGAUCACGAGGAUGAGUCAAAAUGUAGCGUCACCAUCCCUUGGGAGUGUGACUGUAUAAAUUACAAACCUAAGAGUCCAGAUAAGAAGCAUCUAAAAAAGGCCCUGAAUGUCCAUUUGAACAAAACAUUGGGACAGAUCAAGGAAGGCAGGAUCCCUGUGAGAGUGCGCAAGUCCUGGUUUGUUGCAAAUCAUUCUUUGCCCAAGCCCAACAUCCCCCCAAAACACAGAAAGCUAAUAUUCUUAAAGAGUCGACCCCCCAGUGUGAACACAUCCAGAAAGCUUUCUUUCCUCAAUCCCCUCACUCGGUUUUUGCUGGAAACACACCUAAAAAGGUUUGAUGCAUGGUAUGGGUGGUUUCUGCUGAAGAAGGCGCAUGAGGGCACAAAUCUCAAUGCAGAAGCAAAGCAAGCUUCAUCUCUCUCACAGUGCACCCUUCCUCUCUCUGCUGUCUGUGCAGCUGAAGCUAACAUAAGAACCAAAAUUGCCAGUUAUCUGGAGAGUCAUGCUGAAAAUGAGACAAGAGAGCAGAGGGCAGAACAGUCAGGACAGAUCACAGAGCAGCUUUUCUGUCCCUCAUCACCCGAGCAUAUCAAAGUCCAAAGGGUCCCGACAACGAGGCCAACUGCUUGCACCUGUGGAUUCUCAGCGGCCCCUGCAACCAGACAGGAGCCCAAGCAGCCUGCUACGGAGCCUGUCACUUCCACUCCUUUGGGUAGAAGCCAACUGGGCAGGACUGUUCAAAGAGUCGAGAGCCCAGAGUGGAGGCCUGAUCCAGUGAUGGCCAGGAGUGAGCCCCAGGAUAAGAGUUACAAAGCAGCCUUAGCCGACCCUUGCUACGGCCUAGAGAGGCACAAGACCAAAAAGGGAUCACAGCCUACAAUGGCUGAAGACAUGAGUCAGAGAGGGAAGGCUAAAGGGAAGUCGCAUACUUGGGGUGUCGCUGUGGAAGCCAGUGUGAUGACAGAUAUGCAAGCCAUUGAUAUGAGUCUCAACUUAAAACCUCAGGGGAGCAGGAGACAUUCUCAGCCCCCAAGAACUUCUGCUGUUUGUAGUGCUGGACAGCUGGGGCAGAGGGCACAGGGUAGCAAUGAACUGGAGGGCCAAGCAGAGGUAGACUCGGAGAAACUGCCUCCACGUCAAGUUGCUGGCAUCACCCAACAAAAAGGCACUGCUCUCACUUUUCCCACCACAGAUAUCCUGGCUUCUCAGGCCUCUUGGGUAGCUUCCCAGAGUCUGUCUAGUGGCAAGACAUCUGCUCCUCAGGGGCUUAGUGACCGCCUUCCAAAUGCAAUGAAUGACCAGGGACAACAAGAGGCCAGGAUCCCAAACAUUAUAGGCCCAUGGAAGAGUGAGAGCGAGAUGUUCAUUUCUCCUGACAAGAGGUCCAAAUCUGAAGGACUGAAAGAAAGGGCUGCCAAAAAAAGAGUCACCAUUGCUGGUGGGAUGAGCCACCCCACCAGGGACAGGGAACCAGAAGUCAUGCCAUUUCUGCCUCAGAAGGUGCUAACACCCCCAGACAUCCAUGUUCAACAAACAAUGAAGCCUUCCCUGCAGUGGUUUAGCCCUACUCCAAAAGGCACAGAGUGGAAAGAUACCCUAGAAAGUGGCAUGCCUGCAUCGGCCACUGCUCAGAGCCACACACCGUGCCUAGAGAAAAUGAUCACAGAGAGGAAAGAGGCGGAGGCCCAGGCAAUCAUAACUGCUGUGGCAAAGGUCUUGAUAAACAAGCUGGGGCUUCAGCAGCAACCUGGUCCUGCACAGUUACAGAAAAAGGAACCUCAGGCCAUGCUGUUGGGGAGGUCUAGCCUCCGCAGCGGUUCAUCCUGCCCAGAGAAAAAGAGGGUGGUGAUAGAUCCAGCCUUUAUAAAGCUGACCACCCCUAAAGGCCUCAGCCGUUCUGUCAAGAGCAGGUGGAUAGAGAAGGAGAACAAGCUGGUGUCUUCACCCAGGGAGCUGGUGUCCCCAACCAGCCCCAGCCAGCACAGGCUGACAGUAACACGUAUCUCAAGCUGGCGCGUGCAUUGCCCCAGCAACUACCUGCUUCAGCAGGAUGUCUCAUUUGGUCAAACACAGCAUGCUUCCAGUGCCUUUCUUAGUGGGAAAAGUUUUACCCCAGAGAAGAGUUCAUUUCUGCAGAGGAAAUCCACUUAG